AUGAACUCGGUUAAUAAGAAUCAAUGUAUUGCACUUGCACCAACAUGUUUUGCAUAUGGUGGUGGUACAAAACCAAUAUCGGAAUUGAUGUUUAAUAAAUAUGACAAAGAUAAAAGUGGAACAAUAUCACGUGAAGAACUUCGUUCACUUUGUUAUGAUAUGGGGUAUUAUUUGUCUGAUGAUGAACUUCAAUGGGCAUGUACAUUAAUUGAUAAAGAUGGAAAUGGUCAUAUUGAUUAUCGAGAAUUUGCUGAUUGGUGGCGAACAUCAUCACGUUUUGAACAUAUACAAAUGCCUAAUGCGUAUCAAACACAAUUGAUUUGUCAUAUAGCGGAAGUAUUUCGUUCAUAUGAUAAACAUAAUCAUGGAAGAUUAAAUAAAAAAGAAUUUGAAAAAAUGCGAAAAGAUUUAACACGUCAUCAUAUCAUUGAUGAACAUGAACAUCAAGCAUGUCAAUUUGAAGAAAUCGAUCGUGGACAUGAUGGAAGCAUUAAUUUCAAUGAACUUAUUGCUUGGUUUAAAGAUAUUGGUGUUUUAGAUAAGAUUGGUGUAUGUGCUCCAUGA